AUGAAAACAACAACAACAACAACAAGGACUUCAUAACCUUCCAUUGAAACGUGUCAGCUCAUAACAUCACCAUUCAUUAAAUCGUAGUUCAUUCAAGAUUUAGUGUGGUUCCAUCUACCAACUCUCAGCACACUAUGCAUUUCAUAACUGUUCAUGGAGAAUGGAUAGCUGUUUCCAGCGGACCCCGUUUACUCAUCUUUGGUGAAAUCUCUAAACGUGAAGUAACUUUGGAAUUGCCACCGGUUCGACCUCCUGUGAAAGAAAACAAACCACCACCCAAAGUUAUACCAGAAGAUUCAAAAAACAUUUUUCUGGGCCUGCAGUUUUCUCUCUGCGGUAAAUGGUUUGCAGCAUAUUCCUCCGCAAAACAACUUCUGGUAUGGGAGACUAAUGAUUGGACGCUAGCCAGUGAACGUUACAUGCCAAAGACGGCUACUAGUAUGAAGUUCACCCCUGACAGCCAUGCUAUAGUUAUUGUUGACAAAGCAGGGGACGCUGUGCUAUUCUCAAUGCAAGAGCUUCAAAAAGAAGGAGAAGUAAUUUUGGGACAUCUUUCUAUGCUUUUAGAUGUAAUUAUUACGGCAAAUGGCAAACAAAUCUUAACAUGUGACCGUGAUGAGAAAAUAAGAGUUUCUCAUUUUCCGAAUGCCUACAAUAUAAUAUCUUAUUGUCUUGGUCACAAAGAAUUUGUCUCUUCUAUAAGCUUAUUGCCUCACAAUCCAACUCUUUUGUUGUCUUCAUCAGGAGAUGGGACCAUUCAACUUUGGAAUUAUAGCCAAGGCACCUCUCUCAACUCAUACGAUUGUACCUCUGAUGUUACAAAAUACCUGAAGGCUGAUUCCUCCUCUCUUGCCGAGCUGGAAGACGGGAAGCCAAGUUCAAUAAUUGUUAAUAAAAUAUGUUGUUGUAAAGUAAGUGAUGUUACUUCCCUGGUAUUUGCACUCUUUUAUGGAUUCCAGGGUUGUCUUCUAUACAGAAUCACUCUUGAGAAAAUUGAGUUUGUCCAGGCUCUACUUCCUAAUCUCAAUGUUUUGGAUUUGUCUGUCAGAGAAACUGGUGAACUAUUGGCACGUCUUGCUAAAACUGAUGAUAAUAUUGAUGUAUUGCAAUGCUUUUCAUAUGACAACACUGCUAAAACUUUAACUCCAACUGUAAGCAGUGAAAGUUUAAAUCAGAUUGUAAUCAAAAUUAAUGCAGUCUUAUGUUCCUCAGAUAAUCAAUGUGUAACCUCAAGUAAUGUACCACAGCUGUUAAAAAGGAAAUUUGACAAUGUCAAAGACUACUACGAGCAGAAAAAAGCACGCAUAGGAGAGCAAUAGAGACCGAAUGUGGGUGUUCUUACAAUUUCAUUUUCUAUGCAAUGUACAAUAUAUUCAUAAAAAUAAAUUAUCGGACUAUA